AUGCACAAAGCCUGGAGAAAUCACUGGAUCAGAGAGGUUAACAAUGAGGGGAGUGACCGGAACCUCCGCCGCAGAGCUGCGCGUAAUGAAGAGCAGUUUGGAAUAAUUCUCCAGCGGUCUUAUAAACGCAGAGACACAGAGAGAAUGGGAAUGGCAAGCGAGGAACUGCUCGUGACACUCCAGAUUUUACCUGGUUUCUUCUCAAACUGUCUCUUCCUCGCGCUCUACGACUCCGUGGUCCUCGUGAAGCGCGCGGUGUCGCUGCUCAGCUGCUCCCGGUCCGCUGGCUCCGGCGAGUGGCGCCGCAUGCUCACCUCCGAGGGGCUCCGCUCCAUCUGGAAUGGCUUCCUCCUGGACGCACACAAGCAGGUAAUACCUUCACAUUUUAUGAGGAUUUAUGAGUGAUUUAAAUUAAACCUUAAUAUGUAAAAGCUCCAAAUUGACAGUCAUAAAUCCAGCUUUCCAACAUGCUGCACAGUGUGAGAGGCACAUCUUCCACCGUGAAGGAGGGCGUCUUAACUUUCCCUGUUCCCAGAAGUACAUCGAUUGUAAUGUAAACGUUUUCUUGCUUUUUUAAAAAUAAUCUGAGGGAUCGAGGCAUUCCCUCACAGUUUUAUUUCAUUCCAACACCUUUUCCUGUGUCUGUUGUCAGACAGCAGUUUCAAGGUCUAAAUUUCCACACCAACAACCGACAGAGCUUCUUAACUGCACAUGAAGUCAUGAUGUUGUCAUCACAUAACAAAUAAUGGUAAUGCAACAGAUUAACGGGUGCAGCUGUCCUGCAGCCUUUAAGAGGAUAAACUUUCGUUUAACCUUAAAAAGUUCUCAUGGUUCACGUUCAGCCCGGAUGAGUUCAUUCAGUAAAAUCAAAGGGCGCUGUUUCCUGAUCAGAGCUUGUUUGCACCACCUGCUGUUUGCCUGAGUCUAAAUGAGUCUAUGAAACAGCAAUAUUAUGCAAUUCAUUCAGUUUGAGCGUGAAUAUAAAGCUACAGCACAAUUCACAGUGAUGUUUUCGAACGUGACCUGUGUCUUUCUAAACAUAAAAAAGUCACAGAAUCAUUCAGAUUGAUGGUGAGGCAGCAAUUUCUGGACCGCAAAUGUUAGUCACAUUGAAAAUCUGUUAUUCAGAGCAGAUCUAAAUGAUGAAUAUAUUUUAAUUUCAGUUAAGCUACUAACAAUGCAAGCCACAAAACUGACCAUGGAGCUCAACAGGAGGGCUGAAUGAUUUCCCUUCUUUUGAGUUCACUCUUUACUUCAUAACUUUUUAUGCCAUGAUGAAAAUAAACCAAGUUUUAAUCUUUUUAGAUUGUCAGUUGGCAGCCCCUAGGGUAAAAAUAAAAUAAAAAUAUUUUCCUGUCUUUAGAAAUAAAGCCAAUGAGCAAAGAGUGUCCGCUUGAAACUGGCCACAAAAUUAAGCUGCAAGCAACCUCGAAAACAAUGAAAAAUGAAAAUGUGUAUUCUUUUUCUUCUUCUUUUCUUCUUGGGUAUGGAUAACUAUGGAUAACCGACUGGCAGGCACAGUGUAGAUGUCAGUAAAAAGUUUAAAGGCCUCCUCUGUAACUCUCUGUGAGGUGGAGUCAGUUUGGCUUCAGGACGUCACAGAGACGUCUGUAGUGAAAACGCAACAGGGUGAAGCUGUAAUUGUGCUAUCCUGCCCAAUUUCAAGCUAAAUUAAUAUCUUGACUGUUAUCCUGGGGUCAUUUUGUCUCUUGAAUCCACUCAUACUGCAUUUAUUCAACUUGGUGCAAUUUACUCUGUGGUUUUCAUUGUAAUCUGCUCUCUAGUUAAAUUUCACAUCUGUCAUUUAAUUUAAGCGAAGAGCCCCUAAAGCCCUCAAAGGUGAUCCUUUUCUAUCUGGUGUGCAUCUCAAAAAAUAUAAUUUCUAAUCUAUAACUUGUAUUUUGUGUGAAAUAAAAGCUUCCAUGUUGUGUAUGCUCCAUCAAUAUACAUUAAAUAAUUCAGUUAUCUAUGUGAAAUAGUCGUUUGUUUGAGAAAACCUCUAAAUUAAAUGGCAAACCUUUCUGUGAGGAUUAAGACAUACCUGCCAACAUUUGGGUUAUAAAAUCAGGGAGACUUUUGUGGCGCACGCCUGGCAGUUUUGAGGUUACCACAAAGGGCCGGUGUGGCUGCAGGUUUUUCUUCCAACCAAGCAGCAGCACACCAGACUUGAUUCAUUUCAUCAGCUGAUCUCAGUUUUCAGACAGCUGAUUGGUCAGACUGCGUGCUCUUGAUUGGUUGGAAGAAAAACCUGCAGCCACACUGGCCCUUUGUGGAAUAGUUUGGACAUGCCUGCCUUAUAUGGUGGAUAGGAGCUAAUUAUGAGAGUAUUUGUAAUUUAGAUUGCUCAUUCAAAUAAGUAUAAGUGAAGCUGCACACUUAAUAAUAACAAAUGGUAAUAAAAUAAUAAUAGCUACGAUAUGCCUUGAACUUAUGUAGUCCACUAAUUUUGGUGUUAAAGUCCUCAUAUGUUUUGCAUGUUCUCCUGUAUAAAGCUCUCUGAACAUCUGUGCAUGCAAUACAGCACUCUUUUAUCCAAAGCUUCCCUGAACGCAUCAAUCCGAGACAGCGCAGGACUGUCAAUGUAAAUAUUAUAUCUCAUGUUUGUUUCCCUUUCGUUUAAGUUUUCAUUUUGAACAAACACUGCUUAAAUAAAGUUUACAGCUUAAACUGACCUGAAUCAUCCCAAAUUGUAAAGUAAAAGUAUCAAUCCAGUGUCUGUGAGGCUCAGCAGAAACACAUCCGAUUCAUGAAUGAACGUGGAUCAUGCAAACUACAGGAGAAUCCUGGGAGCAAUGACAAUAUGGGAGGUGGGUGGGAGAUAGGUCUGAAACACGGGAGCGUCCCGGGAGUGUUGGCAGGUAUGGAUAAGAUUUGCUCCCUACAACAAGCUUUACCUGAUCAAAGUUUAACAUGAUUCUCUGUAAUUACUAAUUGGUCAAAGUUUCAACACUUAUCUGCCACUAGGUGGGUCUGGGUAACACCUACUGCCACACAUGAUGGUUCAAGGUGGCUUAAGAAUGGCCGUUGUAUUUCUACAUGGGACUCAAUCUUUCCCCAUCUUGAAGUGGGUCUAUGUAAUCCAUCAAACAAUGAGUUUGGUCUAGACCUGCUCUUUUGGAAAGUGUCUUGAGAUACGAAUUGUUGUGAUUUGGUGCUAUAUAAAUAAAAAUUGAGUAGAUUGAUUGAUUGAUAAUGCCUGAGACUCAAUCUACAUAAGAGGUGGGUCCCCUCAGAUUGAUGGCGCCAUCGUGCACUGCGUGCACUACAGCAAUAAAAAACAGAGUAGACAAACUAGUGCCAUAUGCAUUUUUGCUGGAAGGCUGCCACCUUAAUGGAACCUGCUGAAAGAAAUAAGUAUUGUUGAUUAUAAAAAUCUUACAAAUGAAGGAAAACAACACAGGAACUUCUUAUCCUCAAAGGGCACCGUCACUUCAUUGAUGAGAGGGGGGCAAGGGAGCUCGACUGGGAUCUAAAAAUAUGAUCUACAGAUUUACUCUAGUCUCUGUUUUUACCUCCUCAGGUGAAACUCGGCGGCGAUGCACCGAACUCCAAACUAGUGAAGGUGCCUAAUGCUUCUAGGAGGACCACAAGUCUUGGUAGCAAGACCAAUGUGCCACCUGGAUCCUGGACUAUCAGUGAAGACGAGUGCCAUCUCCUGGAUUUUGAGUCGUCGGACCGACCCCUUGUGGUCAACUUCGGCUCGGCCACCUGACCCCCCUUCAUCAGCCACCUGCCAGCUUUCCGGCAGUUGGUAGAGGACUUCAGUGACGUGGCUGAUUUCCUUUUGGUGUACAUUGACGAGGCUCACCCGUCAGAUGGCUGGGUGGCCCCUCCUAUGGGCUCCUGCUCCUUCAACGUCCGGAAACAUCAGAACCUGGAGGAGAGGCUAGGAGCGGCACGUAAACUCAUCGAGCACUUUUCCCUGCCACCGCAGUGUCAGCUGGUGGCUGACAGUAUGGACAAUAAUGCCAAUGUGGCGUAUGGCGUGUCAAAUGAACGGGUGUGUAUAGUGCAGCAAAGGAAGAUCGCCUACCUGGGGGGUAAGGGGCCUUUUUAUUACAGUCUGAAGGAUGUGCGGCAGUGGCUGGAACACAGCUACGGCAAACGGUAG